AUGUUCUAAGCAGAAAAAGGUGCCAAUGCCAUUCCUGGAUACACAGGGUAACAGUGUCUCAUUAAUUACGCUUUAGAUUCAUUCCAAGUCAAGACUACGAUUAAGACUUAUUGCAAAUUCAAGGCAACAGAAAUCAUAUCCCAAGUACACUGUUUAUGCUUAUGUCACUAAGAUUAUGCAGGAUUCGUUCCAGGAAUAAAGUCAGAAAAUCUAUUUGGAAAGACAUUCGGGAAAAUCACUUUGCUUUCCAGCACUCAUGAACAUCAUCGAGGAUCUGAUUUGCCUGCUGACAUUAGAUACAAAAGCGAAGUCAAAGAGGCUUAUUGCGAUCAAAGAGACUAACGUGGAAGAGAUAUUGAUCUCUAUGGCAAAUUAGACUCAGAAACAUCAAAAGCUCUUGCUUAUACUCUAUCCAAUCUGACACACUUUGAAUAAACUAACACUCUUCCAAAAAGAAGCGACUCCAAAGAUAGACAGAGCAAUUUAACCUAUGAAGAAGCUUUGCAAAAAUUAAAAUGA